AUGGAGCUGGAUAGGAUCAGCAGCCUACCAAGUGAUGUUAUAGAAAAUAUACUGUCACAUCUGCCGAUUAGGGUUGCAGCAAGGACAAGUGUUUUGUCAAGCAAGUGGAGGUACCAAUUUGCUAAGCUUCAACAUCUUGGGUUUGGUUGUUUGUGCCGCUCGAACAUUGUUGAUCAUGUACUCCUAAAUCACAUUGGCCCCAUCAGCAAGUUUCGGCUUGUUCAAGGACGUGUAGACACUGCAGAUAUUGAUCGCUGGGUGCUUCACCUGUCAAGGCACCCGCUCAAAGAGUUCAUACUACUAAUUUGGGUUUUUCAAGAGCGACGCUAUGACAUUCCGUCAUGCAUAUUUUCAUGUCAAGAUAUGAUUCAUUUGAGGUUGAGUUCUUGUUUGUUAAAACCUCCCUCUACAUUCAAAGGGUUUAGGAGUUUGAAGAGCCUUGCAUUUACAAACAUUACCAUGGCGCAAGAUGUGUUCGAACGUUUGAUUUGUGCUCCACUGCUUGAGAGAUUGACUUUGAGGUACUGUGACGGAUUCAGCCAACUCAAGAUUGAUGCACCAAAUCUCCAGUUUCUUGAUGUUGGAGGUUCCUAUGAGGAUGUGAGUAUUGUGAACAUGUUCAAUGUUGCUGAUGUUUCCAUUUGUUUCAGCGAAAGAGGUACUCCUAGCAGUUCUGGCAGUUUGAUCAAAUUUUUUGAUGAUCUCCCUCGUCUUCAGAGGCUCCAGAUUAACUGGAACUUUUUCAAGUAUUUAUUGGCUGGUGGUGCCUUGCUAGAUAAGCUUCCUAAUAAACCAUGUCUACAUCUGAAAUAUCUAUGCUUAGAUGAUCUGGAAGAUAUUUCAACUGCUCUUUGCCUUAUAAGAAGCUCGCCGGCUCUUGAAAGAUUAGAAAUUUCUGCUAUUCAUGAUUACCGUUGGUCAUUUACCCAACUGCGACAUGUGAAAAUAACGGGCUUCUCCUGUGUGGAAGCUGACCUUAAUUUUAUCAGCUUUCUGCUUUUAAGUUCACCUAUGCUUGAGACGAUGACUGUUGAUGCUAGGCAUUAUCAGCUUGAUGUGGAUAUUGAACCUUUGGAUCUAGCAAAGAAGUUGCUUCGUUUGAAGCGGGCAUCAACGAAUUUGGAGGUAAUCUAUUUAGACAAAUGA